CUUACUCGAACAACAGCAAGCACCGAGAUAAAUCCAACAGAAGCAAGCAAGGCUGAGACGAAGGAAGAUGGGCGACGUGACACCGGAGAUGGAGAGGGUCUUCAAGCGCUUCGGCGCCGAGGAGGACGACGGGAAGAUCUCCUCGGCGGAGCUGGGAGAGGCCCUGCGCGUCCUCGGCUCCACCGCCCCCGACGAGAUCCGGCGCAUGAUGGCCGAGCUCGACACCGACGGCGACGGAUACAUCGACUUCCAGGAGUUCUCGGCCUUCUGCCGUGCCAACCCUGGUCUCAUGCAGGACGUGGCCGAGGUCUUUUAAGCUCGUGCACGCACGUCGUGCCUUCUUCCUGCUUACUAUUUAAGGCGCCAAUGGCUUCCUGGUUUUAGGUGAUCGUUUGAUAUCGCGAAGAAGAUGUCGUGGUUCAUUUA